AUGGACUAUAAACUGGAGUUAAUAUUGCUUCUUAUUUUUCUGACAACAGCCUCAUCUUUUGCUCUGAGCACGAAAGAAUUUGCAGAAGCGGUGGCAUAUUUAAGAAAGUAUGGCUAUCUGCACAUCCCACUGGACGGUAAGGCCAAAAGCCAUCCACCUGAGGAGAUAGAGGAAGCCCUAAGAACAUUUCAGAAUGCCACACACCUGCAAAUAUCAGGACAAAUGGAUUCAGCCACUCUGGCAAUGAUGGACAAACCUCGAUGUGGUCUAGAAGACCAUUUCAGUAACAGCUCCCUCAAAUAUCGAGUCAUGGGUUACUGGAGAAAGAAACUGCUGACAUUUCGCAUCCAUAAUCACACCCCAGACCUGGGUAAGACCAAGACCCGAGUGGCCAUCCAGAGUGCGUUUAAGUACUGGAGCGACGUGUCAUCUUUGAGGUUCAAGGAGCUGCGGAGUGGAAAAGCAGACAUCAAAAUCUCCUUUCACAAAAAAGACAAGACAUGUCCUGUGCCCUUUGAUGGACGAGGUCAUGUUUUAGCCCAUGCUGAUGCCCCUGAGUCAGGACUUGUGCAUUUUGACCAAGAUGAACUGUGGACAGAGGGGAAGAAACACGGCUCCAACCUGAGGAUUGUAGCAGCUCACGAGAUUGGCCACGCUCUCGGUCUGGGUCACUCACAGCACUACAGCGCUCUGAUGGGGCCUGUGUACAAUGGAUACCAUGUUGACUUCAAGCUGCAUCCAGAUGAUAUACACGGGAUCCAGACUUUAUAUGGAAAGCCAGAGAAGACUCCUCAGCCCAGAAACUCUGGUCAGCCAGAGCCAGGAGAUGUUCCAGAUCCUUGCAGAGCCACUCUGGAUGCUGCAAUGUUCGGUCCUUGGCAUAAGACGUUUUUCUUUAGCGGUCAGUAUGUGUGGACGGUGUCCAGUAAUGGCUAUAACGCUCCAGCCUUGAUCACUGCACUGUGGAAGGAGCUGCCAGGGAGCCUCAAUGCGGCUGUCCACUCACAGCGGACCGGCAAGACCUUUUUUUUGAAAGGAGACAAAAUAUGGAGAUACACCAACUUCAAACUGGACCUGGGUUUCCCCAGAGCCUUGGCAAACAUCCCCCCUAAUAUCGACUCAGCCUUGUACUUCAACAAGAACAAAAGACUUAUGUUUAUCAAAGGCUCUGUGUACUGGCAGUGGGAUGAAGUUGGACGGACAGAUUUCAGUGUAUAUCCCAAACCUGUCUCCCAGCUCCUCCACGGGUUACCAAGCAACAUCGAUGCUGCUAUGACGUGGACUAACGGUCACAUAUAUGCGUUUAAAGGAGCCGAGUACUGGCGUUUGAACCAGAACCUCCAAGCCGAGAAGCCCUAUCCUCUGAGCACGGCCAGGCACUGGAUGAGGUGUGACGACUGAGCCACCAGAGGCCAGCAGAGAUUCAACACAAACCUUCAACCUGCACAUACAUUCAGUGAAAUAACACCCAGAGGA